UUCACAACCCGUCUUCUUGUGCCUACCUCAAGAAUUGGUUGCUUAAUUGGUAAAGGUGGAGCUAUCAUUAUAGAGUUGAGAAGGUUCACCAAGGCUAAUACUCGAAUACCGUCAAAGAAAAAUCUCCCCAAGGUUGCCUUAGAAGAUGAUGAGAUGGUUCAGUUAGAUAUAUGGGAACUUGAUGUUGCCAAGGAGGCUCUUGUACAUAUAGUGACCAAGCUUAGAGCUAACCUUUUUUAUAGAGAAGACGCUCUCUUAGUCGUUUUGUUUGUUCUGUUGUAUCUUCCUCUGUCAGCUGAUGGUUCAAAUAGUCUUAGCUACGAUGGUAGAGAAGGUAAAAGACAUGGGCGUGGGCAUUCAUAUUCAAGUGGUUAUGAGGGUUUCAAUGAUUUGGUUGGUGAUGUUUAUGGAAGCUACAGAGGCUUAUAG